AUGUCUAAUAAUUUAUCUAGAUUAUUACUUUUAUUAUUUCUAGUUCUGAUUUUUCUAGUCGAUGGAACUCCGCGUCGAAGUCGAGUUAGUCAAGCGAGUAAAGCUUUUGAGGAAAAAGACAAUAAAUUCGAAUAUUCACAUUCACCGGGAACAAUUGAUGAGGAAGAAAAUGAAGAGGACAGUGAGUAAGUUUGAUCUUAAACAUUUUAGCACAAAAAAUUAAAGUUUGAAACAAUUCAAGAUCUGAAACUACUAUUUCUUCGACAGUAGAAGCAUCAACUUCAACAACAAAAAUUAAAACAACGACGACGACAACAGAAAAAUCUGUGUCUGAAGAAAAACCAGAAGAACUUGACAGUAAGUUGGAAUAAAAAUAUAUUCCAAACAUACUUCAACUGAUUCCAGACGUAUUCACUUUUCUCCAAGAAAUCGGAGAAACUAUACAAGACGGUUUCGAUCAAAAUGAUACUUCUUCAACUCUUAUAAUCGAUACUCAUUAUAAAGCUUUGGAUUGGAAUUUGACUGUUGAUGAAAUGGAUGAAUGUGUGAAAUGGCAAAAAUAUUGGAAUAUUACGGCAAAAAUGAAAAAUGGAACUGAUUUGAAUAAUACUGUAGCUGAAAAUAGUGAGGAAGAAGAAGAAACAAUUGAAUUAGUAGAUUUGAAAGUAAAGGAAGAAAUUGAUAGUUCGAAAAGGCUGAAAGCGAUUGGAUUUGAUCCGGAAAUUCUGGACGAAUAUGAAUUAAAGGUAAGGUUUUCUUGAAAAUAAGAUCAAUUCUUUGUACUAAAAUCUCAAGUUGUUUUUUUCCUAAAUUUUAGUGUCAUAAAGAAUUUUCCUACUUACAAAUAAUUACAGAAAGUUGUAAUAUACUACGAAGAAGUUUGUGGAAAUCAUGGCAGAACUUUUUGGUUUCGAACUCGAGAUGAAGCUAAACAAAUUGGAGUUGAUGAAUCUUCACCAAUCUGUGCACCAUUCAAAGAAAAAAUUGAAUCCUGA